CACCCACACCCAUACAACAAUCACAAACACAAAUACAAACACAGAGAAACCGAUCUGAUCAGUGAUUAGUGAUGGCAGGUGAGAACAACGUAGGUCUGGUGUUGCUGGAUUUCUGGGUGAGCCCAUUUGGGCAGCGGUGCCGCAUCGCCCUAGCGGAGAAAGGCCUCUCCUACGAGUACGUUGAAGAGAACAUCAUGGCCACCAAGAGCGAUCGACUCCUCCGCUCCAACCCGAUCUAUAAGCAGAUCCCCGUGCUCCUGCAUGACGGUUGCAUAAUUAUCGAAUCUCUCAUCAUCCUCCAGUAUCUCGAUGAGGUUUUUCCAGACACCCGCUCCCUCCUCCCCACCGACCCAAGCGAGCGCGCGCAUACCCGUUUCUGGGCCGACUAUGUCGAUAAGAAGGUUUACGGCUGUGGCUCCCGGCUCUAUACUGAGAAACAGCUGGAGGCGGGCACAGAGAUGGCGGGGAUCUUGAAGACACUAGAAGAGGAGCUCGGGGAGAAGGAAUUCUUUGGAGGGGAGCAUGGAUUCGGGUUCGUGGAUGUUGCGCUUAUGCCUUUCACAACUUGGUUUGAGAGCUUUAAUAGGUACUGGGGGGUCAAUGUGGAGGAGGUGGCGCCAACGCUGGCAGCUUGGGCGGCACGGUGCAUGAAGCGGGAGAGCGUCUCCAAAAGCCUGUACUCGUCAGAGAAGGUGCACGCUUUCAUCAGUGGGAUGAGGAAGGAUGCUGGCUUUGAGUGAGUAGGGCACGCGAUGCUCAAGGACGUAAUAAAAGAUGGUCUGAAAUUGUGCGCUUCUUCUUGAAGCGGUGUGCACGGUGCUAGUUUUAUUACAUUGUGUGGUGAUUGUGCAAUUGUGAGGUGGAAUGUUGUAUUACUAUUGAUGCUUGCAAGUGACAUAUUGAAAAAAAAAAAUACGUAUAUCAUAUUAUACCAUUCGUGGUGCAGUCAGGAACUUAUCUAGCUUCUCAAUCACUAUCUUUCAACUUGCAGGAACAGAAGAUAUCGAUGUUUCCUGAAUAUGUUUCCGCAUCGGCAAUAAUAUUCACCUCGUCGAGUGGAGCUGCUGCCUAGGAGUUUAUGGCAACGACUGUCUGUGUCCUUGGAGCUGGAUGAUCACCCAUCGUUCUUCCAACUCUACUCUGGUCGCCGUACAUGGACCCUGCUGCCAUUUAUCUAGGGAAUCAUGGGCUGCAUUUUUUUUUCCUUCUCUCAGAUGAUGGAUGUGUACAAGUUUUUUCGGCAGUUUUAGGCAAGACAGGCAGACCUAGCUGUGGGAGCUGUAAUUCUUUUGUUUUAGAAACUGUGUUGGGUGGAUUUAUGCAACGUGCCCCCCUCUUAGGCCA